ACGAACUAAAAAAUAUCAAAUAAAAGAACGCGCUUGCUUUGAAUUACUCAUUCCACUUCGUGGUCCGCCAACCGUUCAGUUGGUUGUACUUUGUUUAGUGUUUUUGGAAUCAUCAAUUGCAAUGUCUAACCGAGGACCACCUAACCCCAUUACUAAUGGAAUUCAGGCGGCAGUGAUAGAAUGGAUAAGAGCUUUGGACUUGGAAAUUAUUAGUCUUUUGGUGUCGAGGAGCUGGCCAAUGUCAAUAUUAGAUGUUAGCGAACCUCGAUGGAGACCAACUGAAGUAACAGAUACUGAUAAUGUUAUACGAUUAGAUCGGAGGCAAAGAUUGCUUAGAUGGGAUAGAAGACCGCCAAAUGAAAUAUUUUUGGAAGGAUUUGUACCCAUUGUGACAAGGGAGGACCCGGAUUGGGAAGAGACAGACUUGUAUGGUUUUGCAAAAAAUAACCAUCCUUCCGUCUUUGUUUCAACAACAAAAACUCAAAGAAAUAAAAAAAAAUAUGUUUGGACACCGAGAACUGCUAACCGCGGGAUAGUAUAUCAAUACGAAAUUUAUGCUCCUGGAGGAGUCGAUGUCAAUGAGUCUUUAUUACAUGAAUCACCUUGGCCUAAUCAAAUGGAAGUUGCAUUUCCUGGAGGAAUACAAAACAUAUAUAUAAGAUCAGCAAGAGAGCUUCAUAAUGGAAGAAUUCAAAGAAUUUGGUUAAACCCAAACUUUUUGGACCCACUCGAAUUGGAAAACAUUGCUUCUUCUUCAAGAACUCCUAAUGUUAUAUGGAGAAGAAACCACCCUGACGGUGGUCAUAAGGACCCUGAUGGACGUUCAAAGAGAUCAGCAAGCUCUGAUGAUGACUUGAUGUAUGGUGGUGCAGGUGAUGUAGAAGAAGAUACAUUUGGUGAUGAGGUUAACCCAAAACCAUUUCCAGAUGGUGAAUUUAUGAUUGAAAGUUUAAAGGAUUAUAACUCCUUUUUGGAUUUGACUCAAAAUGAAUCAGGUGGAAUUAUCCACAGCCAUGUAUAUAAUGGCGGGGAUAACCAAAUAUGGGUAUUUAGUUAUGAUGAAAAUAAAAAGGCUUACAAAGUAAUAAGUAAGCAAAAUUCCAGUUUAUUGUUAAGUUGGAAUAGUAAUGCUACGUCUAAAGAAAUUAUUCUCAGAGGAUAUACAGAGAGCGGUAGCGACAACCAAUACUGGCGAUUUGAACAGACCGACGACUAUUAUAGACUUAGAAAUCUUGUGAACUUGGAUAUGAUUAUAACCGCUCAAAAUAAAUCUAGUGCAUUCGGCGGAAAAGGAGUUAUUGUAGAAACUGAAAUUUUUGCUUCUGAUGAAAAAAACUCUCAGGCAUGGAAAAUUAAUCCAAUCUCUUUUCAGACGAUACCAGAUGGUGAUUAUAAUAUAUUUAAUCUUGGCAUGUCAGACAAUGUCGUAGACUUUACUAACCAAAACGAUUUCUUGAUUCAUGGUGAAACCUAUAUGGACAAUGAAAAUCAAAAGUGGAAAUUUACCUACGAUAGUGAUAAGCGAGCUUAUAAAAUAUGGAGUGGUCGAAAGUCAAAUCUUUUGUUGAGCUGGAAUAGUAAUGCUGCAUCAAAAGAAAUGAUUCUUCGAGCAUAUACAGAGAGCGGAAGCAAGAACCAAUAUUGGCGCAUCGAACGGACUGGCGAUGAAUCCUAUAGACUUAGGAAUCUAGAAAACUUAAGUUUGAUUUUAAUGUUAACUGAAGUUAGCAGUCCAUAUGGUGGAUUAAAUUUAAUUGUCCAAAAUGAUUUGGAUACUAAUACUAAUCUACAUUCAAAUUGGAAUAUUAAACCCAUCUUUUAUCAGUACAUUCCAGAUGGCGAUUAUCAUAUAUUCAAUGAUAACUUCCCAAAUAUAGUUGUUGACUUUACCAAUCAAGAGGAUUCUUUGAUACAUGGUCAUAAUUACUUUGGAAACAAUAACCAAAAAUGGGCUUUCGUCUAUGAUGACGAUAAAAAAGCCUAUAAAAUAAAAAGCGGUGCAAGUUCAGAUCUUUUGUUAAGCUGGAAUAGUAAUGCACAGCCACCAGAAGUGGUUCUUCGAGCAUAUACAGAGAGCGGGAGUACGAACCAAUAUUGGCGCCUAGAUCAAGUCAAUGACGGAUCAUACAGACUCAGAAAUCUAAUUAGCUUUUACAGGUUAAUAGCUCUGACUGAUGAAGACAGUCCUUAUGGAGGUAGAAAACUUAUAGUAUCAGAUGCUACGGAAAACGGAAACACUUGGUAUCUCAAAGAAAUAGGGAAAGUAGCUGUACCAAAUGGGAAGUUUAGAAUUGCAACUAAACUGAAUUACAAAAAAGUGAUUGAUUCGAAUCAAAAUAACGAUUUGAUUAUUUCUGAAAAUCUAAAUCUUGUUACCAGCGAAUGGGAACUUAAAUAUGACUCAAGUAGAAAAGCGUACAAUAUAUAUUCUUCAGACGUCAAUAACAUAGGAUGGAUUUAUCAAAAUAAAAACUAUUUUGUUAAGCUUGGUAAUAUAGAUGGUCCUGACCAUGGCGAUUGGAGAUAUUUUUGGACGAUAGAAUAUAGCAUGCAAAGUGGCUGCUAUUUAAUAAGAAGUUUACAUGAGCCUUCUCAUGCGGUGGGUUUUUCUGACAAUAAUUCAGUCAUAACAGAUACAUCGACAUACUCCGAUAAUCAAUUGUUUCAUUUUAUUCCAAUUUAAUAUUUUUGUUGUGUUUUUACAAUUAUUUAUAUUUUACGUAGUGAGUUAGUAAUUUUUUUAAAUAAUUAUCUAUCUUUUAUUUAUAUAAAUCAUUACAUUUCCUAACUGCGAAUAAGCUUGCUCCAAUAUACCUGUACGUAUUGGUUCGUUUAUAUUUAAGCGUAUUAUUUUUAUUAUAACAGAAUAAUCUAGCUCGAAUAUUUAAAAUUUAUUAAAAAUACAAUAUAAUACUAAUUUAUGACAAUAAACUAUAUUUACUA